GGCCCCGCGCGUCCCCCCUCGGCGCCCGGCCCCGGCCCGGCCCGCCGCGUCCCGCCGCGCCGCCACCAUGAGCUCCACGCAGUUCAACAAGGGGCCCUCGUACGGGCUGUCGGCCGAGGUCAAGAACCGGCUGCUGUCCAAAUAUGACCCCCAGAAGGAGGCAGAGCUCCGCGGCUGGAUCGAAGGGCUCACAGGCCUGUCUAUCGGGCCUGACUUCCAGAAGGGUCUGAAAGAUGGAGUCAUCCUGUGCACACUCAUGAAUAAGCUGCAACCAGGCUCGGUCCCCAAGAUCAACCGUUCCAUGCAGAACUGGCACCAGCUGGAAAACCUGUCCAACUUCAUCAAGGCCAUGGUCAGCUACGGCAUGAACCCCGUGGACCUGUUUGAGGCCAACGACCUGUUUGAGAGCGGGAACAUGACGCAGGUGCAGGUGUCUCUUCUUGCCCUGGCCGGGAAGGCCAAGACAAAGGGGCUCCAGAGCGGCGUGGACAUUGGUGUCAAGUACUCAGAGAAGCAGGAGCGCAACUUUGACGAUGCCACCAUGAAGGCAGGCCAGUGCGUCAUCGGGCUCCAGAUGGGCACCAACAAGUGCGCCAGUCAGUCGGGCAUGACGGCCUACGGCACAAGAAGGCAUCUGUACGACCCCAAGAACCACAUCCUGCCCCCCAUGGACCACUCGACCAUCAGUCUCCAGAUGGGCACCAACAAGUGUGCCAGCCAGGUGGGCAUGACGGCUCCGGGGACCCGGCGGCAUAUCUACGACACCAAGCUGGGGACCGACAAGUGUGACAACUCCUCCGUGUCCCUGCAGAUGGGCCACGCGAAGGGUGCCAACCAGAGCGGCCAGGUCUUUGGCUUGGGGCGCCAGAUCUGUGACCCCAAGUACUGCCCUCAAGGCCCCGCGGCCGAUGGGGCUUCGGCGGCUGCGGGCGACUGCCCGGGCUCAGGGGAGGCCCCGGAGUAUGCCCCCUACCACCCCCAGGAGGAGGCUGGUUACUGAGGCACCCGAGCGGGCGUCUCCACACAUGGCUGCGUGUGGUUUGGGGGUUCUUCUGUGCUUGUCUUGUUUUUCUCCUUGUCUGAGCGCUGCCGGCUGAGAGCUUACGGGGAAGGGGUGAGGCAGGGGCAGACCUGCGCGGUGGGAGGGCUCCGGGCGCCGCAGAUUUCCCAGCAGGCUUUGGGCUUGAGCCGUGGGGGUUUGAGCAAGACACCGGGGCGGGGAGGGACCAGCCCUGAACGGUUUCCGGUUGCCUCUCCUCUUCUUCCCUUUUCUCUUCUGAUCAGUUUGUGGUUUCUGUACCCACAGAAGUUUCAGGCAGUUUUAAUGAAAGAAAUUUUUCCUUUUUUUUGAGGAGCAGUGGUGGGAAGGAAGGCGGCCCCCAGGAGAGAGGGCCAGGCCAGAAUCCAAAAUAUUUGAGGUCUUGUGGGAACUGGAUUUCUUUAGCCCCCUCAGAUUCACCUGUGGCUCGUCCCAGGGGCUAGUGGGGAAACUGAGGCCCAGCCAGGACAACAGAGUUCUGGGCAGAAAAGGGAGAACCGCUCCCCACCCCCACCCCCACCCCCACCCUCCCAUACUUCUCUGCAUUCCUCUACCAAGGGAAGAGGACACGUUCUCGGCACUAGGGUCCCCAACCCGGAGGUCCUACCCAGGGACUGGCCCCCGUCCAGGAGCCCUGGGACCAAGAGAUAAUGUGAAAUGUUGACUGUGGACCAAAGGCAAUAAAAACCUCUUUUUAGGAAGAAA